GUCUAAGCCAGUAAAUUCAUAGGGAAGCUAGGCCUAAAGAGAAGCAAUAUCUGCCUAGACCUAUCAGGUAGCCUAGGCCUAUCUAUAUUGGUUAGACACAGAGGGUCGCAUGGAUUGGCUAGGAAUGAUCUGAUUCUCUUCCCACACCCCACCCGCACUAGGCCCUGGGCUAGGCCUAGACCAGGCUUGGCUAGCUAUAUAAUAGCUUUUUUUUUAUUGACUUGGAUUGCUUCUAUUUUUAAAGAAGAUGAGUUUAUUAAAUGAUGUUCACAUGCAAUUGAUCCUGCAGGUUAAGACUGCUUACAAGAACCACAAUCCAUUGAGUGAUCAGCUACUUUCUGCUUUGAAUUUUGUGCAGCAACGUCCUCUAUUACAAGCAUUUGAUCUUGUUGAUCGGAAAAAUGUCACUAGAGUCACAUGUCCUGCUGGUCGAACAGUUUUUCAGGUAUGUGGAAGUUCUGGUAAGCUGUACACUUGUUUUGCAUCUUCAAACUUCUGCUCCUGCCCUGCAUAUGUGUUUUCAGUUUUGAAGAAAAAGGAUGUUUCAAUGUGUAAGCAUGUGCUAGCUGUUGAACUAAGCUGUGCCACUGGUUCAUGCAGGGAUUUGAGUGUGUCUGAUGAAGAGUUGACACAAAUGUUGCUGUCGAACUUAGCAACAACUUGAACAACAGUGGGUACAUUUUAGAUAAAAAAUGUUGCUUUCAAUCUUAUUAACAACUUGAACAACAGAUGAAGCAUUUAUGAUACAAAUGUUGCUGUCAAACUUAGUAACAACUUGAGUAACAUAGGAAGCAGUUUUCUUACAAAUGUUGCUGUCAGACUUAG